GUCAGAGAAAGACCCUUGAUUAGGUUAAGUCUAAGGGGUAUAAACAAAAGAGAACUGGUUUGUCCAGGCGUGCGGUUGUUCAUAUUCAGAUGCUGCUUGCUGAGUGAGUCGUGCCAGGCGUGAGGUGGAGGGAGGAGGCCAUUUAGGAAGGUCAAGACACAGUCCCAAGAGGCAGUUCUGAAUUCAAGCAGGCUGCAGUCCAGCUGUAAGUCAGGGGGAUCCCCUUUCAGGGCACUGUGCUCCCAGGUCAGACAGGGCAGCACUUCCGGAAGAAAGGCGCUUCCCCUCCACGCCACCCCAUGUCAGGCUGGUUGCAACGCGGCUGCAGAAGUUGUUAUCUGGCAUCUUCUCCUUGGAGCCCCUCCCACCCAAGAUCUAAGUUGCCUUCAAGUCUGCAGAGUUCCCGUCCCCGCAUCUGCUUAGAGAGUUCAGGGAGCUCCCGUCGGCCAAAGGGAUUAUGUGAUGAUGCUGUAGGAGCAGAGGUCUCGAGUGCUCCCUGGGCAAGCAACCAGCCAGAAGGAAGACUCCGGCGGUAUAGACGAGGAAUCCUUAGCUUCACUAGGAAGCCCUGGUAUUUCUGCCAAAGUCUUAACCUGCAUGUCUCAGGGAAGGCUGACCACGGGCAAGAAGCCCCAUGUUAUCCAAAACGUUGCUGGUGAAGAGGAGGCCCAGGAGGAAUCAGGAAGCCUGCCAGUCUACAGCAAGGAGGAAGAGGAGACCGUUUUGUGGAAGAGGAUGCCAAAGAAGAACCUCCUCCAAGAUCGGACCACGAGGACAGGCAAAGUUCAUAUAAGGAGCCCUAAGGAUAGGAAUGAACAGUUGAACAACAAAAAGAAGGUGUCUAGGCAUUAUCGACGCAACCGUCGGCGACAAGUAACAGAGAAAUCCGCUGACAAAUCUGAAACUGUUUUCUCUUCCCGUGUGGAAGGGCAGCCCUCAAAAUCCUACAGUUUCCGCAGUCGAAGCAAGAUGGUGAGUUACGUUCCUCAACAGGAAGAAGAAGCGGAAAAGAGCUGGUCAGAGGGGAGUUCCGUCGAAGACUGGUUGCCAGAGGAGGAAGGGUAUGAUGCUGAGGAAGAGGAGGACCCUGAUGAAAUGGAAGUGGAAAAAAACGAAGAGACAGAGAGGGAAGAAGAGUCAGAGGCGGGUGCUAGGCGUGAGCAAGCUGGACCACAAAGGAAGAAUCCCAAAAAAACUGUCCGUAGCUACCCGUGCCCUGAGUGCAGCCGAAAAUUCAACAACAGCAGCAACAUGAGGAAGCAUUUGCGUAUACACAAAGGGGAACGUCUCUACGGCUGCCACGCCUGUGGCAAAAGCUAUACAGACCCAUCCAACCUCGCCCACCACCAGCGGAAGCACACAGGUGAGCGGCCUUACCUGUGCCCCACCUGCCCCAAAGCGUUCUCCAUGAAGACGAAUCUAGAUAUUCACAUUCGCCAGCACCUGGGCAUCCGCCCCUUCUCCUGCUUGCAGUGCGGCAGCACCUUCUACAGCCGAACCAGACUGGUCUACCACAUGAAGCGCCACGACAGGCGCCCGAUUUCGGUGCGCUGCGAGGAUUGUGACAAGACUUUCUCCAGCCAAAAGCAGUUCUACAAACACCGGCGUCGCCACAGGAACCUGGUGUGUGAAGACUGUGGCGAGAUCUUUGCCUUCAAGUACAAGUACAAGUUUCACCUGAGCUUGCAUAAGACUUGCAGGCAGUGUGGGGUUAGAUACAUGGGAAUGCACCUCUGUAGGGAGCAGGUCCAGUCCUCUGCAUCGGUCCCUCGUGGUGCUGUGGCAGACCAGACUGUGGACGCGGCAGCCCACGCCAGAGGUCGGAAACAGCCUGGGCCUACAGGCGCUGAAAGGCCCUCUGUCUCGGUCAACAUCCUCUUGCCAACUGAUGGACAAGUCAGACUUUCGAAUCCUGCCCGUGCAACAUGUCUGAAAGAGAUCUCUCGCGUUGCCCAGAAAAGCGUUCGCGCUUCCCAGCAAACCAAAUCAUUGGCCUCGGUCAGCCUCCCUGUUCUGGAGAGCAGAGGAGCCAAGCCUUCGACUCUCAGUCAAAAACCGCCGCAGUUCAAACCGCCUGGUGUCCUCCUGCAAAAUGUGCCCAGUGCCCAGCCUGUAACCUCAAGCCCAACAGUUGCCAAGCCUUCUGCCCAAAUCCCAGCUUCAUUAUGUCCUUCAGGGCCGGCAACAAAUCUGCCACAUACCCAAGCUUUGGCUGCCUUUUCUAUUUCAUCAGCAGCUUCUCCCGUGAUUAUCCUGCUGACAGAUUCACACGGCAGGUUGUUGACUGUCACAGCCCCGCUGGGGCCGGUGCAACCGUCGGGCUCAAGCCCAGUCACCGAAGCUGCUAAUAAUGGCAAGACCUCGAUGAACCCAUCCACAUUACCCUUGGACCCCAAAAUCCCAAAUGAGAAGAGUGCACCGUCCAUACCGGCCCAAAUUUGUGCAACUGGCCAGACUGAGUCUGUGGAGAAACACCGAUGCACGAAAUUGCCCCAAGUUCCAACUGGACUGUGUUAUCCUUACACACGUCACCCCGAAGAUCCAUGUCAAGAAUCAAUUCCUCCACACUCUCUCAAAGAACAAGGGAACGAAUUAGACAAGCAGUUGGAGGAGGUGGAAAGAGAGAUUAAAGCCAUCGUGGAGUUCUGGGAACAUUCUUUUGUGGAUGGUAAAGAGGACGCAAGCCCAGAGAGUCCUUGGAUCACUUGCUCCACAAAAGAGACUGACUUGGAACUACAACCAAACCCAAUAAAAGCGCUUAGCGAGUUUGUGGAUAAGUUCAUCAAGGAGCAAGCUGCAGUACUUCACAUUGGAAAAACCCGAAUUGUUGUUGAUAGUGAUCCAGAGAUCAUCUCUGUCUACCAACCACCACCUUCCACUUCCAAGACCCCCAGCGUAUCUGUGAAGGUAAAGCAACCAGAGCUCAUCUCUGUCUACCAACCACCACCUUCCACUUCCAAGACCCCCAGCGUAUCUGUGAAGGUAAAGCAACCAGAGCUCAUCUCUGUCUACCAACCACCACCUUCCACUUCCAAGACCCCCAGUGUAUCUGUGAAGGUAAAGCAACCAGAAAAACGCAAUAAAAGAGCUUUCGAUGAUACAAACAACAUUUCGUUGAAAGGCGUAUUUGACUCGAGAGGACGGCUUAUUCCUUCUGCCGAAGCUUUGGCAUCCCUGCCUCAGGGAGGAUGGACCAUUCGCAAGAAGAUCUAUGUUAACCAAAGAAUCGCUGAGAACCACUGAAGAGUAUGCGCUUACGUCUGAAGUGGAAUGGCUAUUCUAUCCCAUUAUUCCUCGGUGCGGCCUCGGUGCGGCUAGGACACAGCUGAUGACAAAGAAGAAUCCCGAGACGUAAAGGAAGAUCUCGGCAAUGGCAAAGUUUGCAGAAGCUCGAUUUGAGGCCAGUAGACCCUUGGAGACCAAGACUCUCAGAAACUUCUAUCCACACAAUCUGUCGUAGUCUCCAAGGUCCGACUUGUUGUGUAUAUUGGUUAAUAUAGCAGAGUUUUGACGUGGAAGUGUGAUACCGGUUUGAUAGGCCGUGUGAAUUAAUUCAAGGGGUUGGUUAGAGCAUCUCUGACUUUGCUUGGGAAUUGAAGGCCGAGUUGCCUUUCCUUCUAUACAGCAUUCACACAAUUGGUUGUUAUUGGAACAGUCUUCAGUAGUAAUACCUGUUACCAAGUCCUUCGUUUGUAGUUGUAUGAUAUCUACUACAUUGCAAUGAUCAAAACUCCUGUGCCAAAGCUCCAGAGAUGUCCUGUCCGACAGUGUCUUGGUUGUAUAGGCCUUUGGUUCCUGGCAGUCCAGCUCAAAGUCUGAGAGCAUCUGCGGAAUAUAGCUCACCUUGGCGCAACACAGUACAUACCAGUAGGUUAUAGCAGGUCCUUUCCCUGCUAUAAAGUAUGUAGCAGUUCCUUUCCCUGAAAGUGUGGGCACACUUAGCAAAUUUGCCUUUAAAUCUACAAUGUAGAAGACACUAUUUGCAACAAUUCCAGUUCCAUUAUCACCCAUCGGGCAAUGUAAAACAAUUUUCCCAUUUCUUUUUAUCUCCACUUGGUCUCAAUUUUCUAGACGCAACAUUUGUGUCCAAUUCAUUAGAUAAAUUAAUAUCUGAUGCCAUAUAUAUAGAAGCACCACUACCAAUUAACCAAGGCCUAUGACUUUUAUCAGUUUGUGUUACAUGGGACACACAAUAAUUAAACUGCUCUCUUGAGGAAAAA